AUGCUCAAAGAUCUUCAAACAAUGGCUGAAAAGCAACGGAUUAAUAAAGAAUCUGAAAAAAGUUCAAAGGAAUCACAAUUUUGUAAAUUCGGGAAUGAUCAAGUGGAACAAAAAAUACAAGUUGAUCGCAAACCUUUGCACGGGUCGGAAAAAUCAUUACCAUCUGCAGAAGAGUUUUUCCUAAAAGUCACUGAACUUUCUGGCGCCCUUAUUACCUGGCCGACUCGUCUGAAAAUUGAUGCGAAAACAAAAAAAGAUCCUUAUGUUAAGAUAUCGGGAACAGUUGACCAAGUGAACUGUGCUCGUCAAUUAAUUGCAUCUACACUUAGGAUAAAGCGAGAUAAAGUAUCAUUAAGAAUCGAAAUACCCCACUGUGAUCAUUCAAAAAUAAUAGGACGAAAGGGUAAGAAUACUCAAGAUGUUAUGCGUGAAACGAUGUGCCAUAUCCACUUUCCAGAUUCAAACAGAAUUCAUGAACUGGAAAAGAACAAUCAGGUAUCAUUGUCGGGAACAGUACAACAAGUAGAAAAAGCACGACAACGACUACGAAAAUUAUCCCCCUUAUGUAUAAUAUGCGAAUUAUCGAAUACGCACCGCUAUUGUUAUCAAGAAUUGCAAAGAGUCAUUGGGCAUCCUAAUAUAUUUAUAAGUUUACGAGAGGAGAGAAAUGGUAAAGUUAAGUGCAUUUUGAAAGGAAUCGAACAAAAUGAGAUAGAAAUGGUUAAAGCAAUGAUGGUUCUUGCUAAUAUGUCUCAUUUAAAAGAUGAUCAAAGCUUGUAUUGUCAAACAGUUAUUAGCUCACAUUACUGUCUUGAAACUAUAUUGUACAGUGGCUCAAAAAAAAAAGAAAUGCAGUGGAUAGCAGAACAAACUUCAACGCAUAUCAUCCAGUCGGAUACAGCAGAAAAUGGCCUCGAAUUGUACAUUUUCGGACCUAUCGCUGGUGUUUUAACUGCACGAAAAUAUAUUAUGGUGUACUUUAAGGGUUUACUGCCAGUAUCAGUUCAGUUUGAUCGCAUAUUAGAAUUUGAUUACGAUUUGAUUGAUAAGGCAGACAUUGAAGCAAAAUUCGGUGUUACAGUAAGUGAAAAGUGGCGAAAAAGUCGAACAAUUAGUAAUGUUACUCUUGUAGUUCUCACUGGUAGUGAAAUGAAUAUAAGCAUGCUUUAUCAAGCUCGAGAAAGAAUCCUUAAUUUGGUUCAGAACAGCUCAAAUAUUGUUCCGGAUGUUUUUGAAUCAUUCAAAAAUGGUCAAAUACUAAAUGUCAUCAAAAACAUGCGCAUGAAAGCGCAACAGUCACUAGAUUUGCGUCGCUUAACUGAAGCAACAGUGAGUCGAUCAGCAACUGAAAUUUUGCAAAACCGAUAUGCACAAAUCACUCCGAAUCCAGAUGACUCUCCAAUUGCACAUUCCUUGCUUACCGGAGUUAAACAAAUUGAUAUGUCCAGAAAUGUAUAUAAACGUUUUUCAACAAGAGAGCAAUUGCUUCUCAAAGCUAAUCGUGCUAUUUAUAAUGGAACAUCAGCAAAAGUACGACAACCAACUGAUCUUUGGGUUGGGUAUGGUUUUAGUAAUUCCUUACCAGCUGAUAUUCUGAGAAAUGGUCUGAACGUUUUCGAUUAUACUGCUGGUCAGCACCAUGAACGAUCAAAUAUGGAGCAGGAUGCAAACCAUAUCAAUAGUAUGACCCAGCGAUCAAUCACACCGUUAGCAGGCUUAGCAUCUGUCUUGGAAGAAGAUGAGCAUAGUGAUGAAGUACAACAAAAUUCAAAUUCCUUGAUUUCAUCUUUAUCAACUCAUAAAUUCCAACUUUUCCAACCAAAUCAGUUCCAAACACCUUUCACUACUAAUGGAAUUGGCGGAGAUUUUUCUGCAUCAACUGGUGCAUUCGACUCAUCAUCGUUGAUAGGAAAUGAUUUUGUUUGGGAUAUUCGCAUUUUCGUCGAUCCAGCAAUGGUUCUUGCCCAACUUAACUGUAGUGAAUAUCUUCCACAGUUUCGGGAUCAAGAAAUUGAUAUGGAAGCAUUUUUAUUGCUAAACAAGCAGAAUUUGAAAGAUAUUGGUGUCUCAACAAUGGGUGCUCGGAAGAAAAUUUACAACGCCAUUCUGAGAUUACGUAGCUCUGCACGAAUGUAUGGAAUGCAAUUUUAG